CAUUUCAACCCCCCGCGUCUCUCUCUCUGUAUCGACUAAAUCCCACCCGAUUCUCCCCCCAAAAUCUAGCUCCCGUUUAAAAGAAGAAAAUAAAUAAAUAAACACUAAAUAUAAGUAAAGUGAUGGAUCGCCGGAGGACAGAAAGUCCGGUAUACGGCCGGCAGUGGAGUGGAUCCAGCAGCUCCGGUUCGUCGUCUCCGGCGCAUCCUCUUUCUCGGUUACAGCCCGGUGCUGCCGGUGGUCUUUCUACCAUCAAACGCACACAAAAUGUUGCCGCCAAAGCUGCAGCUCAACGACUCGCUCAAGUCAUGGCUUCGCAGACCCCCGACGACGAUGAGGAAGACGAUGAUCUAGGCUUCAGGUUUGGUUGUCCUCCUAUACCUCCUACCUUCUCCAAUAAUGGAUUAAGCCGCAGUACUUCUCCAGCGAUCUCUCUCACCCGGCCUAAUAGAUCUCCGUCCCCUGCGUUAGGUCGGAAUUUUGUAGAGCAUGCGUCUUCCGUGCGUUCCACGUCCGCAGGGAGGCCAGCAACGGCGAUGCGGUCAACCACGCCAAAUUUGAUACCGCCGAAUAGAACUUCAGUUCGCACGCCAGUUACUAUACCUCCGAUUGAUCCUCCUAAUCGAAGUAGAGACAAAAGGUUUACAGCUGAUGUAGGACAGCUGAAAGUAAACGACAUUGGAGAUCAGCGUGAAACUUCUGCACUUCGUGAUGAACUUGAUAUGCUACAAGAAGAGAAUGAGAAUCUACUUGACAAGCUUCAUUCUGCUGAAGAAAGACGUGAAGAAGCUGAAGCAAGAGCUAGGGAGCUAGAGAAGCAGGUUGCUUCCUUAGGAGAAGGUGUAUCUCUGGAAGCUAAAUUAUUAAGUAGGAAGGAAGCAGCUUUGCGUCAAAGAGAGGCUGCUCUUAAGGCUGCAAAACAGACAAAAGAUGGUAGAGAGGAGGAGAUUGCAGCCCUUCGUUCAGAACUUGAGAAUUUGAAGGAUGGGGCUGCUAAAGCUGUCGAACAGCUCCAUGAAGCAGAAUCUGAAACAAAAGCCCUUCGCUCAAUGACACAAAGAAUGAUUUUGACUCAGGAAGAGAUGGAGGAAGUUGUCCUAAAGAGAUGUUGGCUUGCUCGUUACUGGGGAUUGGCUGUACAGCAUGGCAUAUGUGCAGAUAUAGCAGUGUCAAAGCAUGAAUACUGGUCGGCAUUGGCUCCUCUUCCAUUUGAAGUUGUUGUCUCAGCUGGACAAAAGGCUAAAGAGGAGGCCUGGGAUAAAGGUGAUGGACAUUCAGAUCGGAGUAAAAUUGUCCGGGAUCUGAAUGAUCUGACUGGAGAAGGAAAUAUUGAGAGUAUGCUUUCAGUUGAAAUGGGCCUUAGGGAAUUAGCAUCUUUAAAGGUUGAGGAUGCUGUUGUACAGGCAUUAGGCAGGUAUAGGCGACUUGGUUUGCUUCAUCAAUCCGUCUCAGAUUCAAAGUCACCAGGUGAUCCCAAGUUGAUUGAUGCAUUUGAACUAAGUGAAGAGGAGAGAGAAGAUGUUCUUUUCAAAGAGGCUUGGUUAACGUAUUUCUGGAGAAGAGCCAAAGUGUAUGGCGUGGAAGAUGAUAUUGCAGAAGAGCGACUUGAGUUUUGGAUUAGCCAUAGUGGACAGACCCCUACUUCUCAUGAUGCUGUGGAUGUUGAUCGAGGUUUAUAUGAGCUGCGGAAGUUAGGAAUAGAACAACAGCUUUGGGAAGCAUCUCGUAAAGAAAUUGACCAUCCAGCUCUUGCUUCUUUGUCUAAUCACAAAGAUCUCGACAACACUUUGUGAUUUUUAUUUAUUUAUUUAUUGCUUUUUGUUUUGAGAAGUUAUAUUUAUUGUUCAAAAUUUUUCUUAUUAAUUUUUUACUAUAGCCUGCUUAAGUUUCAUAGCUUUAUAUAUACAUAUGCAUGGUGUAAUUUGAUGAGACUGUUCCUGAUGUAAUGGAUCUUUGUUUGAAGCGGAUCAUUAAAGAACAACCUUCCGGUA